UGCACACACAACGAAUCAACUGUCAAAUGGCAAAUGAUAGAGAAAUAAGUGUGUAGUACACGGGAAUAGAGAUAGAGAAAAAACAAAUAGCGAGUCGCAAAAGGGCCCAACAUAAAAUGCAGUGUGUGUGUGUGUGUGAGUGCAUGUAUGUGAAAAUAAGCCGAAAGAAUGAACGAAAAAUCCCACACUCGUGACAACAAAAGCAAUUUUAUGCAUAAAACAAACACAAAAUUCAAUUGCAAUAGUGCUAAUGGACGUGUUUGUGCCUGUGUACAAAAUGUUUGUUGCAAUGGCAACCAAAUCAAAACCUGUGUGAUAAAAACCGAAACCGAAUAGGCAUCGUUAAAAAUCGUGGCCGUCAAGUAGGCAUUUUGUGUUCAAAAUGAAAAGGAAUUUUGUGUUCAUGGCAUUUAUACUGUGUGAGAGAACACCUAACACUUAAAGGGAAUCAUAAUAAUCACACACGAAGCAAAGUGAAAUACAUACACAUACACGAAUCUGGCGACGAAUGAAAUUCAAUGUUUUUGAGAAAAUCUGUUGGCAAUAUGUCUUAAAAGCGGCUCGAAUUCGUCGCUGUUUGUGCUAUUUUUAAAUGUGAAAUUCUUCGUUCGAACACAUCGUCGUUGAUUCUAUCGUUGUACAAACUCACACGAAAAAUUCAAUGCACCAUAUUUAACGAGGAGUAGAAAAAAUAGACACACACAAAUAAAAUGAAUAUCUGCAUAAGACAAGAUUUUUGACACGAUGAUCCGGCCAACAGUCGAUUGUGAGACGUUCUAACUCCUGCCAGUUUCACAUACUGUGUGUGUGUAUUUGCGCUAAAUUCGAACAACGAAAUUAAUUUCAACAAUACGAACAGGAGAUAUUCAAUCAGCUUUGAUUUAAUUAAAAUCAGUAAUAAGCAAGUGUUGUGAUUGGUUUUAUUAUUUGGUGUUCGGUGCUCAUUCAUGAUUGUGCCAUAGAAUCAAAUAGUUGUUCGUUUUUUUCUUUCUAUAUAUAUAAUAUAUCCAGAAUAAAAUCCAAUAGAGAAAUCGAAGUUAAUUAAAACCGAUAAACGUGAGCGUACUGACAAAAGCGGAGGUGUUAAAAUUGAAUAACACACUGUGCGAAGCUGCGAAAGAAAACUAAAGUUGAAAAAUUAUGGGCAAAAAGAAGCCAACAACAUCGUCGUCGUCGUCGUCGCCGUCAUCAUCGACAAUAAUUGCGACUAAGGUGCCAACACAGCAACAUGCCAUUCGUGAGAAUUUAACGAAAAAAUUGUCACAACAAAAGCGCAACGAAAUCAAUCAAUUAGCCGAUUAUCUAUUGAAAUUGGGUUUUGAUGCAACGGUUACCGUAAAUGAGCUCUGGACACAGUACAUUGAAAUCGAGGCGAAUCUACAACGUUUACAAGCCAUCGAAUCGGAGCUGAAAACAAAAUCACAUAGCGGUAAAAAUCGUCUUGCAACUAUUGAUCGAUUUUAUGAAUGGGCCAUUUCGAACGGUGCACAUUUCGAUGGUGUACGUAUUAAACAAUUUCCACACUAUGAAUUGGGUUUGGUGGCAACAAAAGAUUUUCAACGCGGUGAAAUUUUUGCAAAAAUUCCAAAGAAACUGAUUUUAUCGCUGGACAAUUUGAGUGAAGUGGCUUCCGAAAUUUUAGACCAAAUACCGGUGCUCGACACAAUGCCAAACGUUCGAUUGGCGUUUGUAUUGGUUAUCGAACGAUUGAAUGGAGGAGCGAGUUUUUUUAAGCCAUACAUCGAUCUAUUACCGGAGCGCUAUUCAACGGUCAUGUAUUUUACACCAGUCGAAAUGAAUGAAUUGAAAGGAACCAGCGCAUUUGUGACGGCUUUGAAUCAUUGCAAGAACAUUUCCAGGCAAUACGCAUUCAUACGCAAAGCCAUACAAAGUCUUAAAUCCGAUCGAUCCGAUUCCAUGUUGGCCAUUCUCAAAUCGCGUUUUACUUACGAUUUAUACUGCUGGGCUGUUAGCACGGUGAUGACUCGACAGAACUCGAUACCAUCGGAAAUGAACAACAACAACACCGAUGCAAAAUCGGACGCACAAAAUUCAAAAGGUGAAAACGAUGCCGGAACCAAAGAAGAAUCAGCUGAGACGCCGGCAUUAAUUCCACUUUGGGACGUGGCCAAUCACUCUGAUGGUAUUGUUACCACAUCAUACAACAUUACCAACGCUCAAAUCGUCGGAGCCACAUUGAACGAUGUUAAAAAAGACGAACAGAUUUUCAUUCAUUAUGGAAAUCGUAAUAAUGCCAAUUUACUCGUGCACAAUGGUUUCGUUGUCGAAAACAAUCAAUGGGAUAGUGUAGUUAUUCGAUUGGGUUUGAGCCAAUCGGAUCCGCUUUUCCGACAAAGAACGCAAUUAUUGGAGAGCAUAGGAAUAACAAAAAAUAGUGAAAUCACAGUAUUACCAGCACCAAAAUUUAUAUCACCCGAAUUGCUAGCAUUCGUACGCAUUUUUAAUAUGAACGAAGAACAGCUCAAGCACUGGCUGGCACCAGAAAAAGUUGGCAGCGAUUUACUCUAUUUGGAUUGUGCACUUGAAACUGCGCUCGAAAUAAAAACGUGGAAUUUCUUAAAAAUGCGAUUAACAUUGUUGUUGAAAGCAUUCCCAACCAAUUUAGAAGAUGACGUUAAAUUGCUGGAACAACAUCAGAAAAAGGGACAACAAAAAUUGGGCCACAUUAAAACAAUGAUCAUCCAUUAUCGCAUCACAGAAAAACGCAUUUUACGCGACGCACUCACGUACAUUGAAGAACGCUCCAAAGCAUAAAUCAAUCGCACGCCGCUACGAAGACAAAAAAAAUUGAAAGAUUGACUGCUUUUGAGCAGCUGUCUCAUUUUAUAUUUAUAUAUAUUUAAUCCCUUAAUUCACCUAUAGACGUUUUCACAACGAAUUCGCUACAACGAAUUAAUUUCUUUUUUGUUUUUUUUUCUUCUUCUUUUUUGUUUAGAGUGUUUGCUUAAUUUAUUAUUUGAAAAAAAAAAACGAAGAAAUAUUUAAAUAUUGUACUAAUAAGAAGCAAUAUAGGCUUUUGCAACGACUAAUACAUCACAAUGACAAAGAAAUUUAUUUGAAUUUGAACACAUACAAAUUCAGCUUGAUAGCUUA